AUGCUUGUCCAAAACAUCCGUCUCACGGGGCUGCUGCUAUCCUCUAUCAUAGCCUCAGCACUGGCAUGCUCGCGUGUUACUUAUACCGGUGCAAAAGAUGGUCGAAGCCUAGUAGGGCGGUCGAUGGACUGGCUGACACCCACCAAUUCAAGCAUCUAUGCGUUCCCGCCGGGCCUCAAACGGGACGGCGCAGCAGGCAACAACUCACUCCAAUGGACCAGCAAAUACGGGUCUGUCAUCACCACAGCAUAUGAUCUGUCGACCUGCGACGGCAUGAAUGAGCGCGGUCUUGUCGCCAAUCUGCUGUAUCUAGCCGACGCCGAAUAUGGGUCCCGCAACCACUCAAUGCCUGCCAUGUCUCUUGCCAUCUGGCCGCAGUACUUCCUGGACCAGUAUGCCACUGUCGCUGAAGCCGCCAAAGACCUGUUCGACUCCAACGGCGAUCCCAAGUUCCAAGUUCGCACCAAGGACCUUAUCCCAGGCGUCUCUACCGUGAUGCACGUAGCGUUGAGUGACGCAUCUGGUGACAACCUGAUCUUGGAAUGGAUCAACGGCAAACUCGUUGUGCAUCAUGGUACACAGUACAACGUCAUGACCAACGAGCCGAGCUACGAUCAGCAACUGGCCAUCAACGAGUACUGGUCCGUCAUUGGCAACUAUUCCCUGCCUGGUACCGACAGACCCGCAGAUCGGUUUGCUCGGCUCUCGCACUAUGUUGAAAUGGCACCCGAUGCGCCCGACUGGGUCUCGGCGUUGGCUACCACGGCCGGCAUGAUCCGUGCGGUGUCCGUUCCCAUGGAGCCGAUCAACGUCAACACACCCAACAUCACGCCAACACUCUGGCGGACAUUCGCUGAUACCAAGGAUUUAGUUUACUACUACGAGAGUGCGUCAGAUGGCAUGUACUUUUAUGUUGACCUGAAGGAGCUCAACUUGGGCAACAGCUCGGGGCAUACUUUGCAGCUGCCAAUGGUUGGCGUGAAUUGGACUGAAAGGGUCGGUGACAUGUCGGGCUUGUUCAGACAGGCCGAGCCAUUCAAGUUUAUGUCAGCGGACAAUUGA